ACUCCCUCUUCAAUUCGGAUGAUUUCAAGUGGGGAAAGACCAGAGAAGUGAUUCAAAGAGAUGAGGACGCCGCUGAAAAGGGAGCGGGUGGGGUUACAGACGCUCAUUAAAUUGACGGGGAAUGGAUUGUGCAAUGCAUCAGCAUGAAAGCAUGAGCUGGCUCCGACUGAAGGAUAUCAAGGAUUCUCGGACCUUCGGUCACUUUGGCCCUCCAGUAGAUUUGGUCCGGCCCCGGAUAGAUCUGCUAGUAGGAGGAUGUUGCCGAUAUAGUCUGCCGUUCAUAUUUGCUUUUGGUUUGGCGUGCGGUUCUUCUUGUGUCAUACUUGAGACGGCUGUCGUACUCUCAUUGUUUAUUUCAUAUACUCAAAACAAUGCUUUGUGGCAUUUGGGUAGCAUUAAUAUCAGGUUGAUUAGAUGUGUGCAUGUGUUGUUUCUAGUGUCGAUAGAUGUAUAGGCAGCAACGAGACUAGAGAUUGGUGAACGGUCAUGUCUAUUGUGUAUUGCCAGUACUUAAUAUAGAGCAAUAUGAGA